UACCUUCACCUGCAGAGCAAAGAUCACGAAGAUCCUCUUUCGUGAAGGAUGGUAUUACCUCGGUUGCCCCACUUGCAAAGUUAAGCUCCAAAUGGGAUCUGGCUCUGCACUAGAUACAUGUCCACAUCACGGUGAACAAGUUGGGGUACCAAUGUAAGAAGAAUUAAAUCUUACAUGUACUCCAUAUCCAAAACCAACAAUUACCUUUGCUUGCUCUCCGAUUUGUUUGUCCCUCCCUCUGCAAUUCGGAAUAUAUUAACCACUAAUAUUGAGUUACAGAGACAGCACUUCACAACCAUAUCUUUACAAGUUAUGACUUUUGCCUGUAUACCAGAAACCUGCAUAUGUACCCUAAAUGACACAUGCUGUUGCCACCGCAGUUACAAACUGGAAGUUCGUCUUGAAGAUGAAGAUGGUUCAGCUUCGGCUAUGCUGAUGGGCAAGUCAGCUGAUGCGCUAUUUGGGAUAACCUGUGGUGAAUUGGUGAAUUCCGGAAACAGCGAUAAAACCAUCAUACCAGAAGUUAUGAAAGAUUCAAAGAACAAAUACAAGAUAUGGUACAUUGGGUAUGGUACAAAAAAUGAUUUUAUGGUCAGAGGCGUUUACACUGAUAGUAAAGAAACUGACUCAGAGAAAAAAGAGCCAUUGACCUCAGAAAAGUCUUCUUCAAAGAGAAAACUGGAGGCACCUAAUGAAAGCACUUUGAAUCAGCUACCGGAAUUCUCAAGAAAAACAAAAAGGGUACAAGACACCAAAGCCACUCCAAAAUCCAACCAAGGGUAAGCAUAAUAGCCUACUGUUUCACCCACUUUUGUCUGCCAUCUUUUUACACACACAUUAAGGACUUAUACUCGAAACAUUUCUUCUCUGACUACCGUUUACUCCAAACUGAUGAAGGCUACUCUAAUCCCAAACAAGGGGACGUAGGAGGCCGUGGCAAGAACAAAUCCAAGCAAGAGUAGACAGAUAAUAUGCCUCUCGUGAUCAGCUAACUAUACUUUUGACAACCAUUUUUUGUAAAGAUAAUGGUUACUGGAAAAUGUCAUCCUUUUGAUCAUAUGAUGUUUUAGUUAUCUAACGGAAGUCAGGUGGUCUCUAUAGGCAAAUAGUUUUUGGUAUAUAUGU